AUGCCGCAGUUGACCGAGCCCGCGAACCUGCCCAACCCGCCUUUCAACACCUCCGGGCGCGUCUUCGCCAACUCCACCCUCCGCCAGACGAUCCACGUCACCGCGAACGCGACCCGCAUCCGCCUCCGGAUCUCGAACGCGUUCGGCGCGACGGACUUGCCGGUCACGAAUGUCACCCUCGCGCGCCCUGCCGGCGGUGCUGCGGGUGUGCCCACCAUCGACACCUCGACGCUCGUCCCGCUCACCUUCAGUGGCUCGCCGGGGUUCGACAUCCCGAACGGCGCGCUCGCGGUCUCGGACGCGGUCGACUUCAAGGUCACGGCCGGGACGGAGCUCACCGUCAGCAUGUUCCUCGCACACGGGCAGGUCGGGAACUCCAUCACGAGCCACCCAGGGAGCCGGACGACGACGUGGAUGACGUUCGGGAACCAAGUCACUGCUGAAAAUAUCACCGGGCCUUCCGUACAGAGCGUUGCGCACUGGUACUUCAUCAGCGCGCUCGAGGCGUGGGUGCCACGAACCAUCACCGACGGCCGCGGCUCCGACGACAACAAAAACAACCGCUGGCCGGACCUCCUCCUCGCGCGCGCGCACGCCUCGCCCGACCCCCUCCUCCGCGCCCUCGCGUUCGGCAACCAGGCCGCGGGCGGGAACCGCAUCCUCGCCGACGGCCUCGGCCCGAACGCGAUCGGCCGCUUCGACCGGGACGUGCUCGCCCAGCCCGGCGUCCGCUUCGUCUUCCUCUUCGAGGGCGUGAACGACCUCGGGGUCGCCGCCGCGGACCAGCCCUCGCAGACCGCGAUCGGGGACGCGAUCAUCGGCGCGAUGAAGCAGCUCGUGCUCCGCGCGCACGCCGCGGGGCUCCCCGUCUUCGCGGCGACCAUCACCCCGAUGAACGCGCCCGGGUUCAACGCGAGCGUGCAGGCGUACUCGAGCCCCGUGCGCGAGGCGACGCGCCAGCGCGUGAACGCGUUCGUCCGCGCCGGCGGCUGGUUCGACGCGGUCGCGGACUUUGACGCGGUCGUGCGCGACCCGGCCGCGCCGAGCCAGCUCGCGGCCGAGUUCAACUCGGGCGACUUCCUCCACCCGAACGUCGCCGGGUACACCGCGAUCGCGGACGCGUUCCCGCUGGAGAUCUUCAACCGGUUUGUCGACGGGGUGGACGGGUUUGCGUGA